CCAAAUACCUAUUGGUGGGAUACAUGCGCUCCACAUGCCAUUUUGAAUGCGUUGAACGGUGGUGUGGUACGUCUACGUCCAGCGAUUCAUUUCGUUCAAAGACUGUUGGAUGCAUCUGACGUUGGUGACCGUGUGGAUAGUGUCAAAUCCAAACUGCUUUCGCGGUUACACAAAUUUCAAAUUCGCUAUCUGGAGAAAUCGGGCACUCAUACCAAAGGUGACAAUUCCUUCUAUUGCAAUACGGAUGGCUUUUUGGCGUAUCGUUGCAAAGAUAUGGCAGUGGAAAUUCUGUUGCACCUCGCGAACAAUAUGUCUGUGGAAUGA